AUGAACUUCUUCAGUCUUCUUUACAGCUUUGUUUUCUUCCUCGCAUUCAGCACAGCUAAAACAACAUCGUCGUCAUCAUCGGAAUCAGAGUCAGAAUCAGCAUCAACUACAUCAACUACAGCUUCUCAGACCAAGACAUCGGUCUGGGUGACUGGAACUGAUGCUAGUGGAAUAACACGCACGACGCAAAGCGUAUACUACCAAUCGUUUAAAUCUGCAUACACUGAAGCUGAAGAAACAUACACAUCGGGUUCAGUGGGACUUGGCACUAUUUCGGGUAGUGUAGGAAAUAUUCGCCAUUAUGAUAGAACUACAAUCUCAGAAGCUGGCGCUGUAGGAGUUGCUGGUCGUAAUUUCAUAGCAUUAAAUGGUCUUUUUACCUUUAUAUAUCUUCUUCUUUAA